AUGUCCAGAAAAGAGUCUUUGGCUCAACCGGGCGCCUCCAACACUGAGAUGCUGUUGGUGUCUUUCGUCAUUUGCCAAUUUCUUUUCGCUCCUGCUGUUCGGGUUGCAAACAUAUCUGAUUUGGAUGAAAAUGCGAAUGGCUGCACCUUCACAGCAAGGCCGAGCAAUCCGGACGACUUCGAUGUGAACUCAUUGAUCCUUGAAGGUCCCAAAGAUUUGGACUUUACCUUCUUCGAGUCGCGGGAAUUUUUCCUAUCACCGGAGCGAAGCUGCGAACCUGACCUUAACAUCCAACUGAGCAAAGUACCGAACUCGACAAAGGCCAAGCGCUUGCAGCAGGAGCAACGCUUUAAGGUUAAACAGAUCAUGGAGGGAUUGAAUGCAGCAAAAAAACAGCAGUUCGGCCAUGCUGGCAAAGUCAUCGAACAACUGCGUGGUUCUGCCCGCGAAGAGAUUCCCGCGGUGGAGUUGCACAUGUUUCCAGAACAUCCAUUGCAGCUCAAUUCCACGUGGCGGGCUUUGAUUGUGCCAAAAUCUCAGCAGCUUUUUGGCGCAACGGUGUACCUCUGCCGGGCACAAAGCCAGAAUCAGUGCGUGGCUAAACUGACCUUUGAUUAUCCACCCAUUCGAUUAUUUCGGGCCUGGGAUUGGGCCCUUGAUCCUGUGAGGUCUAUGCCACACGGAUGGCUGCUGUGUUGGGAAAUUUCUCUUGCCACUUCUGUUGUGCUGGCAGUCUGCCUUUGUCUUUAUUUCCUGCAAAAGUUGGUCCAAUCGUUCCGCCGUCCCGAUGACACAUUGGAUGUGGAAGUUACUCACAGGCAGGUGCCCAGGUCCUACAAGCUGGCAAGCCACGCUGUUGUCUACAACGAGGUGGAUGGAGCCUCUGUAGUUGAGGCGUUGGAUGCAUGUCAGGAUGUGUAUGUCGUCGAGGUGCAAUACUCCAGCAACUUCACAGGUACUAGGCUGGAGCGUGCGGAGCGGCGCCUAAAGAGCAUGUUCUCCUCAAAGAAGCACCAGACGCAGUGGGGCCGCUUGGAAAAGCCGCCAGGAUGGAUUGUCCUAAAUGAUGAUGGUGCUUCCAAAGUGGUCUCCGAGGAUGAGAAAGCACCUUACCGUGCCAAUCAGCAACUGAUGAUUCCACUCGGGUCGCUUCUUCGCAGGAAACUCGUUCUUUCUGCAAGUCAUGCCUCAGCACAGUGGUUUCUUCUCGAAAAGUUAGCUGGUCUCAUUCAUUUGCAGGUCUUCGUCGUCAUAGUACUAACCUUCUUCUCCAUGCACUUGUUUGUGCUCUAUGAACUUACCUCUGCAGUCCAGUGGGGCGUUUAUUGUGAUGAAGUUCUGGAAAGAGAACGGCAGCGCUUGCGACCGCACGAGAGUCACUGUGCCCAGAACUUUGCUCUGAUUUUGGCCGUGCUGGCAAUUUUGUUCCUGUUUGGCCUUUUAAGCUUGGACCACAUCUCAGACUUGCCAUUGGCAGUGUCCUCCCUAGCUGUACCCCUCACGGCGGUCCUGGUGCAUUCCCUGGAAAUCAAAGCCCGUGUGGAGGGCCACAGCAAGUGGAGGCAGCCACAGCUGACCAGUGAAUUCACGGAGUAUCCAAAAGAGAGACUGCCGACCAAAAUGUUUGAUGGAGCUGUGGAUUUGAGCAAGAAGAGAGAAAUGCACUACAUUUUGGCAGUUUUCCUGUCAUUGGUGGUUGCUGCGGUGGGUCUCUGCAUUCUGAUCUGGAUGAGCUUCGAUGCUUUACAGAUGCAAGGCACGUUAGUGGAGUAUUCCUUCAGCGAUGGCCAUUUGGUCUACCUUUCACAGGGGACUGCUCGACAGAAUACCCUCCUUUUGCACGAGUCCACAGAUUCGGUCGACUUCGUUUUUGAGAAAGGAACCCAUACCAAGAACGUGACUUUGAAGUUGGAGCAUUUGCAAUUGGAGAAUCGCACUUUGAGCAUUCCCUUACUUCCCAGUGGUGAAGAUGCGCAACCAGUGCUUAAAUAUCAGCUCAGCUUGCCGCAAGGCCCGCUGUACAGCCGGGUCACGGUUGAAGCUGAAAGCACGCUCAGGAUCAAACCCACAAAGUACACAUUCCAUUUGGUGCGUGUGGGCGAAGCCAUUGAGCUUUCAUUGGCUGGUGAGGCUGCGGAUCCGGAUGGCAUCAACCGCGUUCCUUUCGCUGAGAACAGACGAUGGCAAUACCAAACGAGGAACGCAAAGUGGUACGUUCCCAAUCUUUCGGGUGAUUCCACGCUCCAAGUGAAACUUCUCGCCAUCUCCUUUGCUCCACUGCUCCAAGUCUCUGAAGAAGACAAACGUUCAAAUGUCUUCAGCGGAAGGCCUCAGUUGCCACACUACGGAAACAAGUGCCUUUGCGGAGAAGAAGAAGCUGGCUUUGGAAACGGCUGCUUGAUGGAAGAAACCAUUCCCCUCGGCGCAGCCAGUUCGCUUGUGUCCUCCACCGUGUGUCUCUUCCUUCAAAGUGCUAAGGACGACAUUCAGCUUCAGGAUAGGACAGGCAGCGUGUCUGGUGGUCGAGGCCUGGUUCAAUGGUUGCAGGAUGUGACCAUCAGUGGCAAGCGCGCACGGCUCCGUAUGGAUGGAGCUGUGGCCAGUGGAUGGAGCCUUGAAAAAGUGGAGCAAUUUGCAGAGCUGUGGGUCCAAAAUGUCAGCAAGGCCAGUGAGUUUCGCAUCAGUAAUGUCUUUGCGAAGACGAUGCCUUCCACUCUUCUGAUGCGUGGCAAUCAACUUGUGAUCGGUACCACCCAGGAUGAAACAAAUAUUGAAAAUGAGGCCCUGCCCUUCAGGGUUGUACCGCAUGCACCACCUGUUGUGCUCAACACAACUCCACCUGGAUUCUUGCUGCCGCACUUUGACUUCAACAACAAGCAGUACGCGCUGUGUGCUGCUAGCAAGAUCGACCAGCUGAAUGCUUCAGUUCCGGACGCGCGAUUCCAUGUGGUGCCACAUGCCGUGGAACUGGGGCGAGAUUGCCUCCAUCAUCCAAUCAUGCAGAAGAGUUUCCGAGCAGAGCGCACAAACAGCUGCAAAUAUUGCAGCCGGUACAUCGUGGCUGACCAGUAUGAUGUACGAGCCACACUUUCACCAGAGGCGUGCAUUCUUGAAGCCAUUGACCUCAAUGAUCCAGUAGCCUUGAAGAAGAUCAUGUCUGAUUUUAGUUCGGCCUUUCUGCGAGCCAAGGGAAAAACAUGCAAUGUCCUGCAAAAGGUCAUCCGUUUGGAACGCUGGGAGCUGCUGCCGGAUGUGGCAAAGCAUUUUGAUGUAGACUGCCAUGGCUGUAAAGAGACACCUCUAGGAGUGGCUGCAGCGGAAGGUAGAGUAGAGGCGUUGAAAUGGCUGUUGGCCAAGGACGUGGGAGCCAACGCCGAUACCGUGGAUAAGAACGGCUUCACAGCUUUGGCCCGGGCUGUUCAGCACUGCCAGUUGGAUGCUGCAAGCUUUCUAAUCCAGGAGGGCAGUGAUGUGAACCACCUGAUGCCUCCGUUUCCCGGCGCCCAGUGUCCAGUCACACCUUUACUGUCAGUCUUUGGCCGCUUUGGUGUACGGGACGAUCUGCAAGGACAAGGCGCGUGCCAUGCCCAGGACAGGGACAGCACGAAGAAAGAUCAUGUUGCCAGCAUGAUUUUGCUCCUGAAACGUUCUGGAGCCAACUUUUCCGUGGAAGGGCGGAAAGACUGCUUGAAAAGGACUGCAUUAAUGGAGGCCAUCAACAGCAAAAGUCUCCCAGAAGUUGAACUAAUGCUACAAAUGAAAGCCGAUCCCAACGAGGAAGGUGACGCCGAGACAGGCCAAGAGGAGCGUCCACUGAUGGCUCUCGUUGACCAGUUUCUCUCGCACAAGAGUAUUGAUUGGGAAAGCUUCGUCCAGUACGCUGCGGUCCUUCUGCAACAUGGAGCAGAUGUGAAUUAUGCCUCCGGCAGUUACGCAAAGACCGCCUUAAUGAAGGCUGCGGCAGCAUGUCACACUGACAUGGUGAAGUUCCUCAUACAACAGGGGGCUUCAAUUGACCUGAAGGAUGCAAACAAUGAGACCGCAAGAGAUGAUGCAGAAUAUUAUUGUAAAGACACGGCCAACAGCAAAGUUCUCGAAUUACUGCCGCCCUAA